AUGGCCGACGAUAACGAGGAUAAAGAUGUGCUAGCAGCUCUCGAUAAGGAGGCUUCUGAAUACUUGAAGGACGCAGAGAUAUCUCGAAUCCUAAAUGCCUUCAAACUCGACGCCUAUGCCAUUCUCGACCUCAAGCCCGGCGUGCCCGAAUCCGACAUCAAAGCGCAAUACCGGCGCAUCUCGCUGCUGAUCCAUCCGGACAAGACGUCCAACCCGCAGGCGCCCGACGCCUUUGACCGGCUCAAGAAGGCGCAGGACGUACUGAUGGACGAGAAGCUGCGCGAGCGGCUGGAUGAGGCCAUCGCCGACGCGCGCAUGCUGCUGAUCCGCGAGAAGAAGUGGACCGUCGACAACCCGGAGCUCGUCACAGACGAGUUUGCCGUCGAGUGGCGCGAGAAGACCAAGCAUGUGCUGAUCGACAAUGAGCUGCGCAAGCGCAAGCAGCUCAAGGCACAGAUGGCCGAGGAGGGCCGCGAGAAGCGAAAGGUGGAGGAGGAGAUGGAUGCGCGAAAAAGGAAGAGGGAGAGUGAGGUUGCGUGGGAGGAGACGAGGGAUCAGAGGAUCAAUAGCUGGAGGGAUUUUAAAACGAAGGGGGAGAAGGAGAGGUCUAAGAAGAAGAAGAAGAUGGCGCCGAUCGGGUAG